AUGUCGCCCCUGCAGCAGGAGGGCUGGGAGGCCCCAGGGGGGCCCCCUGGGGACCCAGGCUUGGGAGGCCUGGGUGGCUUUGGAGGAGGAGGCUUCAGUCCCUGCUGUGGUAGAGGCUGGGGUUAUUGCCGCGGGGCUCCUGGAGGCAAGGCUGGAGACAAGGAAUGGAUACCCAUGGCCAAACUGGGCCACCUGGUAAAGGACAUGAAGAUCAAGUCUUUGGAGGAGAUCUAUCUUUUCUCCCUGCCCAUCAAGGACUUUUUCCUGGGGGUGUCACUCAAGGACAAGGUGUUAAAGAUCAUGCCUAUGCAGAAGCAGAUCCAAGCUGACCAGCAUACCAGAUUCAAGGCAUUUGUAGCCAUUGGUGACUACAAUAGCCAUGUGGGUCUGUCUGGUGUUAAGUGCUCCAAGGAGGUGGCCACUGCCAUCCGAGGGGCCAUCAUCCUAGCCAACCUCUUCAUCAUCCCUGUACAGAGAAGCUACUGGGCGAACAAGAUUGGCAAGCCCCACACCGUCCUGUGCAAGGAGACAGACAGGCAGAUGAGGAUCUGUGCCGGUGCACCUCAUCCCCGCACCCAGAGGCACUGGGAUGGUUUUAGCUUCUGUCCCCAAGAAGUUAUAGAUGAUGGCUGGUGUUGA